AUGGCCAAAAAGACGAGUGCAGUACGAAGAGGGUCAAAGAGGUUGAGGGAGGAAACAGAGGCGGACGAAAUCCGAGUCCGGGAACCACUUGUGUUUAACAGCGCGGGCAGGAUUAGCAACGCAGAGCUACUGCGAGCAGUUGUGGAGGAGUUUCACAAGGCCCAGGCCGAGCAGGACGCCAAAUACAACGUCGCAAUCCAGGAAAUCCAGGACGCACACAUCAACCAGAUCAGAGACAUCACCCAGAAAAUCAACGAAAAACACCACGAAGAAACCGACAAAGCCAACAAAAAACACCAUGAAGAAACCGAGAAAAUCAACAAAAGACACCAAGAUGAAAUCAAGAAAAUCACCGAAAAACAUCAGAAUGAACACCAGAAAUUCUCAAAACAAGUCCAAGAGCUCCAGAAGCAGUUGGAGGAGAGCAAGAUCAAAGAAAUAAGAGAGGCUAUGCAGAGGAUGGAGGAACAGCUAACUCAGAUGUCCAUCGCCGGAUCAGGCAGCCCUACUACUGUGACCACCAAUCCAGCAUCGCCCCAGCCGCGCCAGACGUGGUCUCAGGUCGCAAGUCAGAAGGGGCCAAGCCCUCAACACUCGGCGAGGACAGAGCUGUUAUCGGACUCGGAGGCGAGCCACAACGCCCAGCCCCUAGCUAAUGAAGGGAAAACUAUGGAAAUAGACAUCUCUAGGGCUCGAGGAGAUAAGGACGACCUAAACAAGGUAAAGGAUAAAUGGAUCAAGGCCCUCCAGGAGAAUCCGAACACCGAGGACGUCGAGGUAGAGUUCCUCCGCGAGAUCUACACCAACAAGGUAGAACUCUGCCUGGCAACAGUCGAGCAAGCUCAGCGCACUCGCGAUAACCCUAGAUGGAUUGAAAAAGCCAUGCCAGGAGCCCGCAUCCGCGGGGAAGCCUGGUUUCCUAUCAAGGUUGAUGGCAUCUCGAAGAGUGUCGUGCUAGACCCUUCCGGAGGACCGAAGAACCUAAAGCCAGAAGUCGUUAUAAACUUCGCAGCAGACAACAGUAAAGACAACAUCGACUGCACAGCCAUGAAGGCCGUCUGGAUCAGCAGGCCAUCCGACAAGGUCAACGGCUCGAUGAUUGUAUGGCUUAAGAAGAGAGAAGCAGCCGCAUACCUGUUAAAGAAGAUGACUGUCAUCUUUGGGCCUACAGCGGGAUUUGCAGCUCCCUACCAGGCAAAGGAGAACAACGACCCAUGCUUCAACUGCAACAGCUAUGGUCACUAUCAGUUCAAGUGCACCAAACCGGCUAGAUGUGGCCACUGCUCGGGCAACCACCAGAGCAGGGACUGCAUGAACAAGAACAACCCUAAGUGCCCGGCGUGCAGCGGACCACAUUCCAUCAUGGACAGGAGAUGCGUAGCCAACCCGAGGCACAAAGAGACAAGGCAGCAGACGCCUAGCGCGAGAGAGGAGACCAUUUAG